GUAACCCAGCACGACAGUGUCUGAACGGCCGGAGGGGAAGAGAGAGACGAGGAGGAAGGGUUGAAUCGACCUGGGGCGCGGGGGGCUGCCGCUGUUUAACGGAGAAGAGAAGAGAGGGACAACGGAAACACGGAUGAAUAAAUGACCUUUGGAGUUUUGUCGUCUGUUUGUUCCUGGAACAAUUUGGGGAUACUUCAUUUAAACAGAAUUGUUGCGGCGAACCUUUGAAAAAAAAAAGUACCGCCGUUUGAAUUGACCGACCAGAAAAGGGCGAAGGGACAGCCGGCAGAUAAGAAGGAAGACGGAACUACAACGCGCUGCAGUGCUGGCCUGUUGGUUCGGUGCCUCUCUCUCUCAUUUUUACUAUUGUCUCCAUAUCCCUUUACACGUUUCCCGGCCCGAAUGUGGAUUUUAAGGACCUUCGCCACACAAGUUGUGUGACAGCAAUUCAUCAAAUACCAGAACACCGAGGCAAGUUCACCCACACCCUCUCCUGUAUAGUUGUAUUUCUAACUUGGUUUCACUGCUCCUCAUUUUCGCAGUUAACUGAGUCGCACUUGGGGUGGGCUGUGGUUAAUUUGAAGGACAAGAAAUCAUUUGACUGAUUUGUAACUUGUGCUGAAAAUUGUAUGCUAACUGUUUGUUACAAAACUAGGAUGUUUGUCGCUCGCGUUGUUUGAAGUAAAACGGUGUCACGUGGAAUUGCCCACAGUCUUCAAGAAUCAUACAUUAACAAGGGAAACAAAGUACCAAAUUCAGACGGUGUGCUUAUUUCGAAAAGGAUAAAGAAACGUUUUUCAUAAGUAGUCUAAUAGGAUAUUUAUGUACGGCCAAGAAAAUGGGGAAAAUGCUUUCAAAGAUCUUUGGCAACAAGGAGAUGAGAAUAUUGAUGCUUGGACUUGAUGCUGCCGGUAAGACAACUAUCCUUUACAAACUCAAACUGGGACAGUCUGUCACUACGAUUCCUACUGUCGGGUUCAACGUCGAGACAGUCACCUAUAAGAAUGUGAAAUUCAACGUUUGGGACGUCGGAGGACAGGAUAAGAUUCGGCCACUGUGGCGGCACUAUUACACGGGAACGCAGGGGUUGAUCUUUGUGGUGGACUGUGCCGACAGGGACCGGAUAGACGAAGCUCGACAGGAAUUGCAUCGUAUCAUCAACGACCGUGAAAUGAGAGAUGCCAUCAUCUUGAUCUUCGCCAACAAACAAGAUCUACCCGACGCGAUGAAACCACAUGAGAUCCAAGAGAAGCUCGGUCUGACCCGGAUUAGAGAUAGAAAUUGGUACGUUCAGCCCUCCUGCGCUACAACAGGUGAUGGACUAUACGAGGGGCUCACUUGGCUAACUUCAAAUUACAAAUCUUAAUGAUCUGUUUAGUCAGAUCAACAAGAAAUUAAACGGAAUGAAAGAAAAAUCUAAUCAGAGGCAGUUAACUAAUAACUUGGCUUCUCUGAUCAGCUUAUAUCCAUAAGAAGUUUUAUUAUU